AUGCAGUUGCUGUUGACGCUAGCCGCUAACGUCGCGCCCUUUGACUUCGCAGCCUGGCAGGAGGCUUGCCAGUCGAUGUUCCCAAAGACUUUGGCAAACCUGCUCGAGGGGAAGCCGGCGAAGAUGCCAAAGAGGUUCGUCGAGACAUGGCAAGGCUUCGACCACUUGCCGCGGGAGCAGAAGUUAAAAGCCAUGUCGGAAGUCGGCCUCUACAUCGUCAUGCAUUACCCGCCUCGAGGCGAGCUGAGCCCAGAGCAGGACUUCCUUAUGCAACUCCACGACGAACUUAGAAGGCGUCGUCGAAGAGGAAGUCGAAUUCGCCAUGACGACCAGAGAGCCGGUCCGCAUCACGCCAAGACACCCCGAGACACCAUCCCGAGACACGCCGAGACACGCCCGAGACACGCCCGAGACACGCCCGAGACAAGGCGGAUCGCCUUUGGCGGAGAGCACCGGGGGAUUACCAAAGCUCAACGGGGCUCUGGACGGAACGAGCUGCCCGGCGACGAUAAUGGCUUGCCAUUCUGGCCCAAGCCUGACGGAUCUCUGCUGAAAGAUUUGAAGGCAGACUUAGGCUGGGCCCUGGCCAUUGAUGAUCGCGGGAAUUUACUGCGACGACGCAUCAAUGGCACCUGUUGUCAUGACCCAGUGAGUCCUGUGCAUUGCUGGUGUGCUGAAGUGGCUCCCAGAUUUUCGGCGGUGGCGGAUAACGGUGAGCAUGGCUUGGGCUUCUACUUUCCCUGGCUGCAGCAUAAACAUGGAGAUACCUGGACGGCCAGUGCCAAUCGUUGGUUGAAGCAGCUGACGACCCGCGACGACGGUCACAACGCGGCCUCUCCCAACGAGAUUUCGCAGUAUUUCUCCUCCCACUGCAUGGUUGACAUGGACCACUGUGCGGCUUUAGACACGACGAUUCAAGACUUCCUCAAGUCAUGGCGAAAAGAAACCCAUGAGGAAUGGAAGGUUUGGGAUUGGGAUAUGAUGAAGCGAGCCUACAGUACCUGCACCCAAUCCACGCAGAUCUGUCAGAGGCCCAUGAAGCACUACGGUGCUUUUAGAGAAAAGUUCAUGCGGCAUACCUUCUGCUGCGCCCGGCACCUGCAGACGCCGGAGGACCCUAGGUGUUUGAGCCAGGUUUGUAAGGCCUACGACAUCACCUGUCCCGGCUCGAAGCUACUCACCUCGGACAUGGAUUGCACGGUCUAUCACUCCAGGGACCCAGGCACUUUGAUCAAGAACAUGACCAGAUUAGCCACAGCCAAGUUGCAAGAGUAUACUGGUCGUCCUGCUGACCUAGGCGUGGUUUUUGACCUCUCGCUCUUUGGCACCUGGACCUGGAUCCCCGACGAGAUCUUCCGCCGCUUCGAUUGGCCCAGCAGCACCAAGGACGCCGACGCCGUUCGGGGACGCCGGCAACGGGGGACCUCUUUGAAUUUGUGGAGGGAAGAAAUGGCGCUGCAGCACCUUGGGUAUGUGUGGGUCUUUCGACGGAAGUGUCGACCAACCUCGCGACAGGCGAUCUACGACAAGGUGAAGCGCAUCAUCCGUGACGGCCAGGAUGUGCACGCGGCGGAUCUGGAGAAUCUCACCAUCAACCUGAAAUCCUUCGUUGGCAACUUGGCGAAUGGCGCCUAUGGUUCUGGCAAUUCUCUCAGAGACUGGGACAAGUUGUACCAGGAUUACCAUGCAGUGUCCAGCGUGCAGCGGGAAGGUUAUUUGACUUACGCGGCCACGCUGGAGAUCGUCGGCAGGCAACAAGUGGGGCUUCCAACGACCUUCGCGGAAGAUUACCAAUGCAUGCGUCAAGUGAGUUUUCUGGAGCAGUUGGCCUUUAUCGCCCAGCACAUCCACGAUGAUGUGCCGCAUGGCAUCUCGGAACACACCUGGAGGAAAGACAUCCAGAUGAUGCUUUUAAAAUCUGGGAAAUACUUUGAUCGUUUACUCGAGGUCGAUGGUCCAGGAUAUGAUGAAGGGCUCAGCAUCAGGCGGCAUAUCACGCAUGCAGACAACAGUGUGCUAUGGCGGGUUCUGGGCUCUGUCUAUGGUGGCACGCACCUCCAUCAAGUGCUGCACGACCUUUAUGGUGUGCAGAGUGUGCGGGAUGCCGCCUCGUCGUUGUCCAUGAUGAGCACCAGCGCCUUCGAUAAUGCGGAGGUGCGGCGGAGAUCCUGCAUGGAUAUCGCCAUGUGGGGCAAUGCUGUCAGACACAAAGAAGCCUUUCGACGAGACACAGGCGAACUCACCCGACCCAUGGUCACUGCGCUCUUCACCUGCCUGGUUCAUCCCAAUUGUACGGAGGGAACCACCACGGUGAAGGAGGCCAUGUUGCACACCGUAGAGGUCUGGGUCGAUUCCGUACCGGGCCUCGAAGUUGGCGGAGCGUCUGGCUUUGGCAAAGCACCCUGGGCGUGGCUGCUGCUGGCGGCUAUGAGUUUGGCGCUCAUCGCUUUUGCCAUGCUGCGGAAGCGCCGUGCCAUGACGCCCAAACAUCGGCAUCCCUUCGAAGUGAACUUUGAAAUCAAACAUUCUUAGGUCCAAAAGUCCAAAAGAUGACUGUUGAAACAUGAAAAAAAUCAACACCAUGGACUCUUCAGGAC